AUGAAGUCGAUACAGGGUAUGGUAGUAAUUUUUACCAUAUUCGGUAUAAUCAUCUCUUUGAGUAACAACAGCUCAGCAGAACAGUAUGAAGACAUAGAGUGCAAUCUGAUUGAGGAAGAGAACGAGAAGGACAGCCCCACAACAGAAGGAGCUGAAGCAACAACACUGGUAGAGGAAUCCCUAGAAGAGGACCAUGGAACAGAAGCCGAUGGAGAAGAGGAGCACGAAAUACCAGUAGAUGUCGAAAAUGGAGCAGACGAGGCGGAUGAAACAAAGGAAGACGCACCAGAGGAGCAUGAAGCUGGAAAACCUGAAGAAACCGAUUCCGAUAAACCAGCUGAUGCUUUAGCACAGGAAUUACAGCAGGAAAAGAAUGGAAUACCUACCACAACUAGCAAACCAAAACCAACUACGGUAUCGAGAUCGUCGAAGGACAAGCAAACAUCGACAACAGGUGGCAAAACAAAUGGAUCACUAACUCCAAAAGGAUCCAGAACCAAUGCACCUAAAGGGCCGCCGGCUGGAAAAGAAGGACCAACCGAGAAACCUGAUCCAAUGACAACGUAUCUGAAGACUACCGAAGCUGUAGACGAUGCGAUCGAGAAAACAGAUGCCAUCAAAGAUAGGUAUCUCAAAUCAGAGGUUAAGAAUCUGUUGCAGGCUUAUUUGAAAAAUCCACUUAUAUCCGUGGUCAGCAGUAUCGGAUCUUUUGCCAAGGUUGAACCUUGUUUAGCUGAUCUCGAAAACGAUGUCGGUAAAAUCGUAACGGAAGCCGAUAAAGCAUUCAACGAAUGUAUGGCCGACAACUCGAGCUCCCACACGGCUUGCAUCGACGAGAGUAAAACCGAUGCCUACGGUGAAGUGGUCGAUGUUUACAGUUCCGCAGCAGAUUGUGUUCAAACGGAGGAAGACGCCCAGCAGGGUGGCAAUAGUACCGAAAGACCCAAUCCACAAAAUACCCACCGGAAGGUUACUUCCUCGGUUGACAAGGCCUUCCGGAAGCUGAAGGCCAUCAAAAAUAGAAACCUUCGAUCCACCGUGAAAAACCAUCUGGAUUCGUACUUGAAAAAUCCUCUCAUCGAUCAAGCCAACUACAUUCCGGUGUUCUCGAAGAUCGAACCGUGUUUAGCUGACCUACAAGAUCAGAUCGCCAAGUUAGCUGAUGAGAUAGACAAGGGAUUCAAUGAGUGUGCAGGAGAUAGUGCAAACUCCGAGACGCACUGUAUCGAAGAUGCCACAUCCAAGCUGUACCGGGAGGUUUCGAAACUGUACAACUCAAAAUCAUUGUGUUUCCAAACCAAUCAGAAUUAGUUCAUGGAGCUGUUCUAAGCAAAAAUGAACAAUGUAACUUUGCCCAAGUGGUUUUCUUAUUUUGUGCUUUCUUUCCAACCUGUGAGAAAUCGUAAUUCCAAAGAAAUUACACUAAAAAUUUUGUCUCCAAUACAUUUCAAACUUUUCUUCGUGUAAAAAAAAGGCGAUCGAUGAGAGCUCGAUGAUUCGAUUGAAAAAAGUUCGAUUUUUAUUUCAGAAAUUGUUACUUAAAUAGAAGCAAAAAUAAGAUAAUAUACACUGCAAAACACUGUAAUUUACAUGACCUCUACUAAAGU